AUGAGCAACAUUAACUCUAGUGUACUGGUGCAACCAAACCUGGUGGUGCAAAGCAUCAAGUUGUCACAGUGGACCCCCCAAGUGCAAUUCUACGCUGCAACAGGACUGUCAGAGUAUUCUCCUGAAAGAAGUCGUCUGGGUCCAGACGCUGCUAACAUGGCAUCCUCUUCAGGACGUCCCGUUGAUCUCAUGUUAAAUAUCAAAAUGCAGAAUGAUUCCCAGAAAGACUGGGGGAACAGAAAUCUCAGUAUUGGAGUGGUGCUUUAUGAAAACGAUCAGUUUUUCAACUCAAAACUAUUUAAUAGUGAACUCAAUACCAAGAGAAGGGUGGUGUCGGCCAGUCUGUCAGACAGAAGCUUGCUUGAUAACGUGGAGUUCACCAUCAGGCCAGAGAAUACAUCCGGCUCAACAUCCUACGACUUUGCAUGUGUGUUUUGGGAUUACACUCACAGAGACUGGAGAACAGAGGGCUGCAUCAAAAUACGUGAUCCCAAUGGAAUGCACUGUGAAUGUAACCACACCACCAACUUUGCAGUUCUUGUGAGCUUUAGAGCAGACUACACUUAUUCUGAAGCUUUAAACUGGAUCAGCAUUGUGGGAUGCAGUCUGUCUAUUGUGGGUUUGGUCCUCACCGCAGUUUAUCAAAUUAAGACCAGGAAACAGAGAGGAGCCAACUCCACUAUGCUCUUGGUGAACAUCUGUUUGUGCAUGACCACCUACUACCUGCUCUUCAUUUUUGGGAUCAACAACCCGGUCCAGAACUCAAAGGCAUCUGUUUCAGAGCAGAACGUUAUUCCUUCUUCAGAUGUGCAGGAGAAUGUCGAUCAGGGUCCUUGUACAGCAAUCACAGCUCUGUUGCAGUACUUCCUGCUGGCCACGUUUGCCUGGAACAUCCUGUAUGCAGCUCAUGUGUUUUUCCUCAUUAGAAAUGCCCUCAACGGUCCGCCCCGAGCUUUCCGCACCAUCGCCAUGACAGUCGGCUGGGGUCUGCCUGCUGUUAUUGUCGGCGUCUCACUGUCCACCACCUACAGCUUUAGGAACCCUUUAGGUUAUCGACAAGAGCAGUUUUGUUGGUUGGCGUCUCUGGACAAGGCGGGAAGGUUUGAUCCGAAGCGGCCGAUGUUGUGGGGUUUCUUGCUCCCUCUAGCGGUCAUGUUGUGUUUUAACACAUCUCUGCUUGUCUACUUCUCUCAAACCAUCUGCUGUGCGAAUCCCAACCUCAAGAGCUCACGAGGGACUCCUAUGAAGAAGAAGAUUUUGAGUAGUUUCUCUCUGGCUGUGGUGCUCGGUUUGUCCUGGAUCGUUGGUUACUUUGUGCUCAUCACUCAUGACAAAACACUUUACAUCAUUCUCAGUGUGGUCUUCUGUCUCUGCAACACGACACAGGGUGUUCAGAUUUUCCUUUUAUUCACACUGCAGUCUUAUCUAAAGACAAGGACUCGACAUAAACUGGAUUCUAAGAAUGAAUCAAAGGGGGGACCUUAAAAAUAAUGGACACAAAAAGAGGACAACAGACAAUAUUAUAUACAUUUUUGUGGUAGAAAACCAUUUGUCUGUUGAC